AUGGUGCAGGCUUAUUUUUUGGAGACAUUUUAUCUUCUGUCGUUUUUAACAUUUGCCCCCACGCAGAAGAAGGGAGAUGUUAUGAGAACCAAAAGUGUUAAGUACAUGUCAUUCUUGGUCUCUCUAUUCAGUACUCUAAAUGCACUUGUCUGGUCUGUAUACUUUAUAAUAGCCAAGGAUAUCUUUAUAGUUGUACCCAAUGGCACUGGCUUCCUUUUAGGAGUAACUCAGCUCAUUGUUUACCUUAUUUACAAAAGCUCAGAGCCUAUUUUACCUAUAUCUGCUGAACUUCAUAAACUUCCAGAAACCAAAAAGAUAGAUGAUGUAUUUGAUCUGGCUAUCGAUAUAGUGGAGGUUGAAGCUACAAAUGUUCUCAAUGUGGAUGCAGUGAAUUUUAUUAUUGAUGAUCAAGCUUGA